AUGCAAAACCCAUCAUGUCUACUUUAUGGCCCAGGAGACGCCCGCUUUGAAGACCGCCCUCUCCCAUUAAUCGAAGAUCCAUACGACGUGAUCAUCCGCAUUGCCUAUGUCGGCGUCUGUGGAAGUGACGUCCAUUUCUGGACUCACGGCGGCGUUAAAAGAUUUGUUUCUCCUUCGAACCCAUUGGUCAUGGGCCACGAAGCUUCGGGGAUCGUUCACGCCGUCGGGCCCGCUGUUUCCACCCUGCAACCGGGCGACCCUGUCGCGAUCGAGCCCGGCCGUGCAUGCCGACUCUGCAGCCGCUGCAAGUUGGGAAAGUAUAAUCUGUGCCCGCAGAUGAAGUUCGCCGCUAGUCCACCCAACCAUGGUGCGCUGUGCAAGUAUUUCAAGAUGCCUGCUGACUGCUGCUACAAGAUCCCCACCAGUGUAGGGCGGUCUUUUGGGCUCGACGAAGCUGUUCUAAUUGAGCCACUGGCUGUUGCGGUGCAUUCAGUGAGACAGGCCGGGGUUCAGCCCGGAGACAAGGUGGUGGUUUUUGGCGCCGGGACGGUCGGAUUGCUCUGUGCAGCCGUUGCGAGGGAGUAUGGAGCUAGUAUGAUUACUUCGGUGGACAUUAGUCGUGACAAGUUGGACUUUGCGCACUCUUUUGUGCCGAAUGGCCGACUGUCUUUUUCGUCGGCGAUUCCGACGCAUAGUCUUUCGCCCGAGGAGAAUGCUCAGUGUUUGAGAGGGAUGCAUCGCAACGCGCAUGUUACUGAGACGGAUGUUUCAGGGUUUGAUGUUGCUAUUGAGGCCACAGGUGCGGAAACGUGCGUUCAGAUGGGUAUCCAUGCGCUGAGAGUCGGAGGCGCAUUUGUGCAAACGGGGCUUGGGCAGCGUAAUGUCAGUUUCCCGAUUUCGACGGUCUCGGAGAAUGAGAUAAAUAUCAAGGGCUGUUUCCGGUAUGGACCAGGAGACUAUAAGAUGGCGCUAGAGCUGGCCUUUACGCGGAAGAUUGAGCUGAAAUCUUUGAUCACUAAGGUUUUCCCGUUUGAGAAAACGGUGGAAGCCUGGGAGAAAACGAAGAGAGGCGAAGGGAUCAAGACAUUGAUUCGGGGUGUUGGGUACAUGGUGGAGGAUGAAGAGGAAGAGGAUGAGCGGGAGAUCAAGGUGUAUAGACCAGAGUAUAUGUGA